AAUGACUUGUGAGAGACGAGUGGGGGAGUUUCCAGUACGCGGUAUGGAAGCGGCUGUGGCAGCAGUGGCGACUGCUUCCCAUCCUUCCACGUCCCUCUUUCAAAUCCCGGCACACCGCUGCCAAUGAGUCCCGCUGCCGGUACACGCCGCUCCUUCAUAUCUCCGCCUAGGACUCCUGUUCUGACCUGGACUACACUGUAGGUCUUACAUCACUUUUAACAGCAAUUCGCAAAAUCGGAACGUCACUGCAAGCUACAGAGUAACACUUACCCUCAAGUUCUGAAUGACGGGCGGUCGAUUCGACUUUGAUGAUGGGGGGACCUACUGCGGAGGGUGGGAGGAUGGCAAAGCCCACGGCCACGGUGUGUGCACCGGACCCAAGGGCCAGGGCGAGUACUCUGGCUCCUGGUCGAACGGUUUCGAGGUAGUUGGCGUCUACACCUGGCCCAGUGGGAACACGUAUCAGGGUUACUGGGCGCAGGGGAAGAGACACGGGCUCGGGAUUGAAACCAAAGGGAGGUGGAUUUACCGAGGAGAGUGGACUCAUGGGUUAAAGGGCCGUUACGGAGUCAGGCAAAGCGUAAACACGCCUGCCAGGUACGAGGGUACCUGGAGUAACGGCCUGCAGGACGGGUAUGGCGUGGAGACGUAUGGUGAUGGAGCACACUCUGGAAAUCCCCACCUGGCCUGAAGAUACACCAACCAGCCCUGACGUUGAACAUAAAAAACAACUAAAAUGCUAAUAUUUAAUUGUUUAUGUGGCCAUAAUGUGUCCUCUGUGAUAGAACUACUCACAUGCAUGUAGAACAGAAGUGGCCCAUGUGUCCCUGAGCCCAUCAUGGAUGUUUUGCGGCUGCUCUGAAAAUGGGGAUUUUAAAUGGUGUCAGUUGUUUCAUUCUAACCCAAAUCAAAGGGUGAUUAAAGGAUUGCAAGGGGACAUCAGGUCACACAUAAUGUUUUUGUCACCAUCAACUAAAAUGCUUGUGCUUACUAGUGGUGUUCCUAGCCACUAAUUUCUUUGUUGACUAACCUACCAGUGUAAAACUAAGGAACACUCAGUGAGUUAAAUGUGAAAGCUGUUUAAUAGAAAAUGUCAAAAACUGAUAACAAAGCCGUUUUAAAUCACUGAUCACGUUCUUCAAUAAUGAAUCAUGCCGUGCCUUAUCAACGUUACAUGUUAUAUUUCUGUGAAGGUUCUCAGUCAUCCAGGUCAUCGUAGUCUAAGGAGCUUGGAGAGAAA